GUGCACCGCAGCUCUCCGCAUCUGGCUCCAUGAACGCCAGCACCCAGACUCACAGGACAAAUGCUAACAACUCCGAGAGCUUCGUGCCGAAUGCCUCCAUGCCGCCUUCCUCGAGUUCUUUCCUAAGAUCCGAGUCUUUCGGCCCUGCACAGGACACGAAGGAGAACAACCUGCCGAGUUUGCCUCGACUGAAGCAGACGCCGGAACAGGUGCCAGUACCUAUGGACUGUCCGCGACGAGUUUCAUUCCAAACUCGGAAGACCCCGAGCAUGGGCGGCCAAAGCGGGCCCGAGGCUCCUGCUUCCAAGUCCAUCUGGAAAGCGGUGAUGGGGCUGCCAGCGCGGCUCUUCACAUCUUCGGCAAAGGUGAAGCCCGUGGAGGACUUCCAUGGCAUCUCCCCCGGACCGUCGCAGGCAACCGACAGUGCUGCACAAGCACCGGCGCGGACAUCUCGAGCCAGACGUUUUCGACUGUUCGGAUGA